CUUCUUCAUCACAUUGUCACAUUCACUAUCUUCUUCUUCUAACCCCAAAACCCCAAACAAAACCAAACCUUUUCACAAAACCUUCAUCAAUGGCGAUUGCAACCAGAAAAACCCUCUUCACUCUCUCUUCCUCCAUUACCUUCCCAUCCCGUUUCUCUCUCUUCAAACUCUCCCAAAACCCAUCACCCCUCUUCCCAAAACGCUUCACACCAUUCUCUUCUCUCACCACCACACCACAAUCCUCACCAUCAUUGCUAUCUGACCCUGAUCAAGAGAAACACUCAUUUCUCCUUGAGAAGUUGAGGAUAAGACACUUGAAAGGUGGAAGUAGGAAUGAUGAAAGGGUGGUGAGGAAGGUUGAGGGGGUGAAGAAGAAGAAAGAGGGGGUUGAUGAGGAGGAUGGUGGUGGUGUUGGGAGUUUUGAAGGGUUGGGAUUAGGGGAUGAGGUUAUGGGGGCUGUUAGAGAAAUGGGUAUUGAAGUUCCUACUGAGAUUCAGUGUAUUGGUGUUCCGGCUGUUUUGGAUGGGAAGAGUGUUGUGUUAGGGUCUCAUACUGGGUCUGGAAAGACUCUUGCUUACUUGCUUCCACUUGUUCAGUUGCUAAGACGGGAUGAGCAAAUGAAUGGACUAGUGUUGAAGCCCAAGCGUCCCCGAGCUGUUGUGCUAUGCCCUACGAGGGAGUUGUCUGAGCAGGUUUUUCGAGUUGCAAAAGCGAUAAGUCAUCAUGCACGAUUCAGGUGUACCAUGGUAAGUGGUGGUGGCCGUCUUAGGCCUCAAGAAGAGUCACUUAGUAACCCCAUUGAUAUGGUAGUUGGUACCCCUGGCAGGAUUCUUCAACAUAUCGAGGAAGGAAAUAUGGUAUACGGUGACAUCCAAUAUGUGGUAUUAGAUGAGGCAGACACAAUGUUUGAUCGGGGCUUUGGUCCUGAUAUCAAAAAAUUCCUGGCCCCAUUAAAACAUCGCGCUUCAAAACCUGACAGCCUAGGUUUCCAGACUGUUUUGGUAACUGCUACCAUGACAAAGGCUGUGCAAAAUCUGGUUGAUGAGGAGUUUCAAGGCAUUGUACAUCUGCGCACAUCCUCGUUACAUAAAAAGAUUUCUAAUGCUCGUCAUGAUUUUAUAAAACUUUCUGGUACUGAGAACAAGCUGGAUUCAUUACUUCAGGUAUUAGAGCCAAGUCUUGCAAAGGGUAACAGGGUAAUGGUUUUCUGCAACACAUUGAAUUCUAGUCGUGCUGUGGAUCACUUUCUUGAAGAAAAUCAGAUAUCUACCGUUAAUUACCAUGGGGAGGUACCGGCAGCGCAAAGGGUUGAAAACCUCAACAAAUUCAAGAGUAACAACGAUGAUUGCCCCACCUUGGUUUGCACAGAUUUGGCUGCUAGGGGUCUGGACUUGGAUGUUGAUCAUGUUAUCAUGUUUGACUUCCCUUUGAAUUCAAUUGACUACCUCCAUCGCACAGGUAGAACUGCCCGUAUGGGUGCAAAAGGGAAAAUAACAAGUCUGGUUACUAAAAAGGACUAUAGCUUGGCAACCAAAAUAGAGGAGGCAAUAAAAAAGAAUGAGAAUUUGGAGGCUAUCACAAAAGAAAGUGUCCGAAUGGAUGUAACCAGAAACCAAAUCACUGAGCAGAGAAGAAAGAACAAAAAUGUGGUUAAACCUUCAAAAGUUAGAGACAUCUCUGAUUCUCGCACCAGUUCUAAGAAUACCAGAUUAGGUACUAAGGACAAAUCCGAUUCUCGCGGCAGAUCUGAGAAUACCAGGUCAGGUUCUAGGGACAAAUCCAAUACUCGCGGCAGAUCUGAGAAUACCAGGUCAGGUUCUAGGGACAAAUCCGAUUCUCGCGGAAGAUCUGAGAAUACCAGGUCAGGUACUAGGGACAAAUCUGAUUCUCGCAGCAGAACAGAGAAUGCAAGGUCAGGUACGAAAUCGGGUAAACAAUCAACGCCAUCAAAGUUUACGAAAAAAGGAUUUACCGUUUCAAAAUCUGUAAAAUCUUCCAGUACAAGUAGCUUCAAGAAAGCUUCUUCAGAUGAUAAGCGAACGGGUAAAAGAACCACUGCCUCCAAAUCUACAGGUUCUAAACUUAGUGUUGUCGGAUUUAGGGGGAAGAAUGCAUCAUCCUCAGAUAAGAGACAAACAUUUUAGUGAAGUAGAUUGGAAUCAUGUUAUACCACAGUAGUAAGUAAAGGGCUCUUUGUUUUGUAUUAGAUUGGUUCUUUUUGACAGACAGAUUCAAUUUUAUCUAUAUAGCAAGAAUAGUGUGAUAAUUCAUGAUUUUUUUUCCUUCUUCA